GCUUUUGAAGACCAAGCGGAGAAAAUCGCGAGAGAGCGAUUAUUCCUACGCCUACAACAACUGUUAAAGAGUGAAGCAUCCUUCAGAAACCGCCUGUGUCGAUAAAGAAGAUUAUGCAGUAACUGUAUGAGGAAAGUGGACUGCGCGUAAUGAGAGUUGUUUAAUUUGUUGGGAACGAACGCAUAAAUACAAGGACUAGCGUUAAUUUUUCACGGGCAGUCUGUGACUAAUUGUAAAGCUCGGCUGUUAUGCUCAGAAGUUGGGAGAUGCGUCUUUGAACAGUUAAACAGGAAUCCUGUAUCAUCGCAAGGACGGUGACGAAAGAUAUUGGCAGAUCGCUCUCGCCACUAUGACAACUGGUGCAAACCUAUUCAUGAGAACCCUAUGUAAAUAAUAAAAUAUCGCCAUUGUCAACACAAAAUAUAAAUACCUACAAUACAAACGAAACAACAGUACAUAUAACCUAUCAAUACCAUCGUCUGGAGUACAUACUGUAGGGCAAUUGCAUUUAAAAAAAAAGUUUAAACAACCUAAAGAUAAGCUCCGCACAGCUUUCAUGUCCUUGCAUUUAAAAAUAGUAUUUUAGAUAGGACCUUCCGUCUAUUUUAAACGUGGGUAUCAUCCCAGACCAUGUCACUUUUAGAAUUGAAUAACGUGCGAGUAUAAACACAGCAGCAGGUGACCCCUGUCCCGACUCCCUAACUCAGAAAAGCAGCCCGGAGCGGACACGCGUUUGACGCACCAGUCCGGCGUGACCCAUACAUAUUAAAAAGAGGGGCGGGAGUUACUGGAGUUUGCCUUGAGGGAAACAGGGGGAUUAUGUGCUUAUGUAAAAGGCAACGGAGGUUGUUUUUUUUUUUUAUUUCCCGGAGCGAAAACGCAAUCUGCGCAGUAUUUACCACCUUUAAUUCCGGCAGCCGGCCCCUCCGUCCGACGAGGUGUGAAUCGAUCGGGGUAGCAUGGCGUCGUUUUUCACGGGACGGGAUGUUUUGCAAUGGAACAGGAGCGCCGUGUUUGCAUUAAAAAAAUAAAUAAAUUUCUCGUCUGUAACCACGGAUUAAUGAGCACAGACCGCAGCACGACCACACAGUCUCCUGUAAGAAACAUCCGAUGGGGGCUGACGUCAGUAACCACAGUAAGGGCCAGCCCCUGCUGGAGGACCCCCGCUGCGCACCGGGGUGGAGGGGUCUGCUCUCCAGCGUGGGCCUGUCUUUCCCUGCGGGGCUCUGCCGCUGGGGGGGGCUGCGCUUCGCCCCUCGCCGCACGAUCACGGAGGGGAGGCGGCCCGAGCCCCCGGCGCCCGAGGAGCCCUUCCUGGAGUGGCCUCUGCCCGGCUUCAUCUCCCUCUUCCUGCCCGAGUUCCCGCAUCGCAGCCGCCUCCCGGGUCCGGAGCGCUUCCAGAUCCUGGGCUGCAUCGCUAAGGGCUCCUAUGGUCCCAUCCUGAAGGUGAGGGACCGGACACAGCAGAGGACGUACGCAGUGAAGGUUUUGCCCAAAUGUGAGAUCCUGAGACAUGGGGUCCUGGCGCAGUCCAAGGAGGAGGUCACCAUCCAGAGGCAGGUCCGCCACCCUUUCCUCCACACGCUGCAGGACUGCUGGCAGACCCAGCGCCACCUCUUCAUUAUGUGUGAGUACUGCAGCACCGGAGAUCUCUACACCUACUGGACCAUGGCCGGCCGGUUUGGGGAGGAGGCGGUCCGCGUGUUUGCGGCUGAGCUGGGCUCUGCGCUGGGAUUCCUGCAUGACUUUGGGAUUAUUCACCGGGAUGUGAAGAUGGAGAAUGUUUUGUUAAAUGACCAAGACCCGACAAGUUAUUUAUUUCUUCUUUUCUGUAGUUUUAUAUCUCUUAUUUGGACGCGGGGGCUUGUAUGCAUUAGCCCUGAUUUUGGAAUUGACAGUACAUCCAUACUAAAACAGGCAGCGCUCGCAAAACGUUGCCUUACUGUCAUUCUUCUGUCAGUGUUGUCAGCAUCGCAGAGUGGGACUUUAACAGCACUCUGUCGCCCUUCGUCACCGACAGCUCCCGAGGUCCUGAGUGGGGGGCCGUACAACCACGCAGCUGACUGGUGGUCUCUAGGCGUUCUGCUGUUUUCGUUGGCUACAGGGAAGCCUCUGUCCCUGCACAAAAGUGGGGACAUGUCGUGUGCAUUCUCGAACGGGCAAAAUUCCUGUAAACGUGGCAGUAGCGCUGUGCUGCUAAACCCAUUCCGUCUCGUCUGUCCCAGUACAGAACCGACAGUACGAGGAACAUCACAUGUUCAUUCGCGGCGAACAGGAUCGAUUCAAAGUGGUCGAGGUCAAUUAAAUAAGUUCCCUGUGGCCCCCAGGCCGGAUCACCGCUCCAUGCUGCAGGAGGUGAGGAGCUGUGGGUACGAGAUGCCGGACACCUUCAGCCCCGAGCUCGGCCUGCUGAUCAGCGAGCUGCUCUGCCAGAACCCGAUGUGCCGCCUGCGCCGCCUGGAGCGCUUCAGGAAGCAGCCCUUCUUUCGGGGAGUGACCUUUGACCCCCAGCUGCUGCAGAAGACGCCCGUGUGCCUCAUCCUGGAGCUGAAGCAGCGGCCGGACCGCCCUGCCCGAGCUGGGCGGGGCCUGGAGCUCGACGUCUUCAAGACCUUCGACCUGGACCUCACCCCACUGCCGGGUGACGUCAACCGGGGCCAGGAGACCGCGCAGGGGAGUGCGCGCUGAGCAGCGGUGAUCCCCCUUUUUAUACGCCUUUGGAAAAACGCAAUCCCUCCUUCCUGAUGUGUGACCAGCAGCCUGUACAGCUGGAAAGAGGAUAAGACUUCCCUACCUCCUGCCCAAGACUGUCGAGACCCAUGAGGAUUGGAAAUGUUUGGGGAGGCUGAUCAGUUUGAGGGUUCUACACUUUUCACGAGCCUGUGACUCUUCACAGGAUGUCCAAAACAGGCAAGAGAUCGCCUGUUCUCAGAGUGGGUUGUGUCAGCUUCGGAGGGAAAGAGUCCGGGGCCAGUGCAGGUCCCAGCCAGUGAAGGAAUAAUGCGCUGCUUAAUGUGUGAGGAAAGAUGAGAGAGAAAUCUCGCUGUCCCCUAACACGGAGGACUGAGCCCAGAGAGCCCUGAUCUGUUAAGUCUUCUAGGUCAUCCUAAAACAUCUGUAUAUUGGAACACCUGUAGCAAUCGGAUCUUUUAAACAAGCAAUGAGAUCAUUUAAUUUCUUAAUAACUUAACCAAUUACAAUUGAUCACAACUGAUGUUUUACAGUUAGGUAUGUAAGUGCUGUGUUGGAGCCACAUAGGCCCAUCAGCCCAGAGCCUUCAUUCAUCCUGGUUUCCAUGCCGUUAAGCCACCAUGUGAGCACAUGACUCUGUUCUUGCUCUUGUGACCUCUGGAUCGUUCUUCGCUCCUAGUGCUGGGGUCCGUGGGGGGGGGGGCUGACUUUGCCACCAACGCCUUUGAGGAUCGGAGGAUUUUGACCUGGAUCAGGUCCGCUCCUGGUCUUCUCUGUUCAAGACGUUCCUUCAGCCCAGUCCCAGUCCCAGUCUCAGUCCCAGUCCCAGUCCCUUGGGCCCUGGGGUGUACCUGGCUGCUCUUCCCUGGGCCGAUUCCAGAACCACAACUUCAGCUGCAGUCUCAUACUUAGCUACCUCCUCCUGUAGCUCACUAGCUGCCCAGAGACCUCUUCACCGAGCACUGCAGCUGUACAGAAGCACGGCUUUUAAAACACGCCGGCCAGCCAGUAGCUCUCAAAAUGGUCAAGCCCUGAGGCUCCCUCUCCUCUGCUGUGGCUCUCUCAGUACAGUGACAGCUGGAGCCCAGAUGAGCUCCUGACCGGCUUAGAGAGACAGAUCCUCUCUCCUUGAGGGCUCUUAGUUUGUUUUUUUCUGUGUGAUCCCAAUCCUAACAGCUCCUUCAGAGAUUACUCAUCUGAUUUAGAGAAUUAUCCCUUUAAGAUCACAGAAGGUGAGGCGUGAUUAUUUCUCCCAGGGACAGAGCUACAAUACAGUGAGUAUUAAAGAAGACGCUGCAGGUCAGGUUAUACACAAAACAGUAAAACGCAAAGAGAAACAGGUGAAAAACUAUGCAAUUACCAGCCAGACCUCGUUAUUACACAGUCUUCCAUCUCACACGGUCACUAAAAACUCACACGGUCAUUAGAUGGGUGUGAUACUUUGCUAGAUUGCCAGUGGUCAGUCUGUCCGGUGGUGGUCGGCCAAGCUGAAGUGCUCCAGGGGGUGACGUGUGAAAUGCUAUAUACACUGCCAUUCUGAUUUCCCCUGUCUAGCUCAGGAAUCAGGUUGCCUACAGAGGGCUCCUAUUUUAAAAGGCCAAAAACGCAAGGUCAGUUGGACAAGUCAUUUUUUAACAAAACUUCCAGUAUCCAUUGUCUUCCAUGAAAAUGAUCUAUAAAGAUUUUGGUUGCGUCGAUUUUGCUGUGCUUGAGCAUGUCUCCGCGUGUUUCUGUGUAGGGUUGACAGCCUCAAGGUGACACAGCUCACCCAUGACCAAUCAUGGGCUGCACCACCUGUGCCCUGUGAUAGGAGGCUCGAUUCAGGUCUGUAUGGGUUGGUGUACACUCCUACUAGCCCCAUCGUUCUUGAUCUUGCCACUUAUUAACCAGCUGUACCUGUGGCACAGAGCUACACCAUCAGUCAGGUUCAAAACAUGACAUGUCACGCUGUCUUUUCCCCUCAUGGCUUAUGAGCAGGGUGUCAGUUCAGCAUAUUCAGCUGGAUGAACCAAUUGCCUCUAGCUGAGUGCGUCUCAUGCCAAACAGUGCUGCCCAUCACUUCAAACAUGGGAGUGUCCCAUUGUGUCAAGCAAUAACUGUCUUGUUCCGUUUGUUGUUGUUUUGCUAGAAAACCACACCUCCAAGAAGAAGACACCCGUUUAAUUGAUGUAGGAAACUGAUUGUGGAUUUAGUCGUGUGACUUUAUGUAAUCCCUAUGUUUUCAGAAUUUUAAUGAAUUUCCUGUGUUGGCUCUUCAGUUUCUACCCUUUACCCAAGACAGUCACCUGAUCACCAAUCAGCUGUGUUUUAUGUAAUGGUAUUUGUCUCGUGUUUUGUUUUGUCAGCAGGUGGUCUGGAUUUUUUUUUCCUGGUCUCCCAUGUCCUGAUUUCCUCUCGGACAUUUCAUUACUUGAUUCCAUUUUUAAAUAAAUAUUCUAGUACAUCCUUA